UUCAUUGAGAUGGAUACUAGUCAACAGUGAGCUGCACGAGGCCAAUAGAGAACACUCGUAAGUAACAUGUUGAACCUUCAGACGUCAACAGGGUUUGACCAUUGUCCUGGAGAAGAAUCGUACUAGAAAGCAUGAAUUGUUCACAUAGAAACAAUCUACUUAGCCUGAGUCAAGGUUUCGAUUCGACUCGUAGUGACACAUAACACGACUGGGCGCUAUCGUUUAGGGCAGGCUAUUUGGCGACGCGUUAGACUAAUUACUGCCUGACUUGCAUUCACAUCUCCCUAUUCACGCGUCCGCACUCGCCAUGUCACUCCUCGACGAGCCCGUUCCUCAAGAUGACUUGAUGCGAGAUAGAUCUCGUAUCUUUGAGGAAUUUCUUGAUUCCGAGUCGGACCAUUACAACUAUAAAGAUGACAUUGCUCGCAUGCUCAGGCUGGACCACCGACGUCUCAUCGUCAACAUUGAUGAUUUACGCGACUAUCGACGCGACUUCGCAGACGGACUGCUCAAACAACCUGUCGAUUUUAUUCCCGCCUUCGACGACGCGCUUCUGAACAUCGUUCAACGCGUGUACGACAAGGAAAAACAAGACAUCGAAGGAAAGAGCUACCACAUCGGUUUCAGCGGCUCAUUUGGUGACCAUCAUGUCAGUCCUCGCAGUCUACGAGCUGCACAAUUGGGGAAAAUGAUCUCGCUUGAGGGCAUCGUGACACGUUGUUCUCUCGUACGGCCGAAGAUGAUCAAGUCCGUACACUAUUGCCCCGAAACUCGCAUGUUCCACGCCCGAGAGUACCGUGACGCAACUACAUCUACGUCGAAUCUUCCUCCUACCUCAUCCGUAACUCCUCAACAAGACGAUGAGGGGCACCCUCUUCAGACCGAAUACGGCUUUUGCGUGUUCCGUGAUCACCAACGAAUCAGUAUUCAGGAGAUGCCAGAACGUGCUCCCGCCGGUCAACUUCCUCGGAGCACGGACGUUAUACUUGACGAUGAUCUCGUGGACAGCUGUAAGCCUGGAGAUCGUAUACAGCUGGUUGGGGUCUACAGGAGCGUGGGAGGAGGUGCCGGUGGAUCCUUCAAAACACUCCUACUUGCAAACAACAUCAACCUGUUAUCUUCCAAAAGCGGUGGAGGCAUCGCUCAAACACCGUUGACAGACUCCGAUAUCCGUAUGAUCAAUCAACUUGCCAAGCGCAGCGACAUUUUCAGCCUUCUCUCCCAAUCCCUUGCUCCCUCAAUUUAUGGUCACAAACACAUCAAACAGGCGGUGGUUUUAAUGCUUCUUGGUGGUGCAGAAAAGAACUUGCCAAACGGUACUCACAUUCGAGGUGACAUCAAUGUUCUCAUGGUCGGUGAUCCAUCGACUGCGAAGUCGCAAAUUCUUCGAUUCGUUCUGGGCACUGCACCCCUCGCGAUUGCUACCACUGGUCGUGGAAGCUCAGGCGUCGGUCUGACAGCCGCUGUAACAACAGAUAAGGAUACAGGUGAACGAAGACUAGAGGCGGGUGCCAUGGUACUUGCGGAUCGCGGUGUCGUGUGCAUAGACGAGUUUGACAAGAUGUCGGAUAUCGAUCGUGUGGCCAUUCACGAAGUGAUGGAACAGCAAACUGUUACUAUUGCUAAAGCUGGUAUUCACACCACGCUGAAUGCGAGAUGUAGCGUCAUCGCGGCUGCUAACCCGAUUUACGGUCAGUACGACGUACAUAAGGAUCCCCACAAGAACAUCGCGCUGCCGGACUCCCUUCUCUCUCGUUUCGAUCUGCUCUUCGUCGUGACAGACGAUGUUGAUGAGACCAGAGACCGCAAGAUUGCCGACCAUGUUCUCCGUAUGCACCGCUACCUUCCUCCAGGUGUCGAAGAGGGUACACCCAUCGUCGAUAGUUUGUCACAGUCACUUGCGGUUGAUGGGCCAAGUACUCAUUCGCCGGACACCGAGGAUGCGGAACGAAGCCCAUUCGAGAAGUACGACCCUUUAAUCCACUUCGGUAUCUCUGAAGAUGACACACCUGCUACCAACACGCGGAACAAGCGAAGACAGAAGGAGAAGCAAAAGGAGGUUCUGAGUAUCUCGUUCGUCAAGAAAUAUAUCCAGUAUGCAAAGGGUAAGCCUGCGCCUGUUUUGACGAAGGGCGCGGCCGAUUAUAUCGUGAACGUCUAUGCUACUCUUCGGAACGAACAUCUUGAGGGCAAUCAGAAACGGACCUCACCUUUGACUGCACGUACAUUGGAAACCCUCAUUCGUCUUGCUACCGCUCAUGCGAAAGCACGACUCUCGCCCAAGGUCACACACACUGACGCGGAACAGGCAGAAGCCAUCCUUCGCUUCGCACUCUACAAAGAGGUUCUUCGUCGCAAAGCUCGCAAGAAGCGCAAGUUGAACCACGGUGGGGCGGUUCAAGGUGAGGGAAGUGAUGUCGAUACUGAUGGCGAGGGAGAGGAAGAGGAUGAAGAUGAAGAUGAAGAAGUUCCUGCGAGGAUGGAACGACCGCAACCUGAGAAAGCGAAAGACAUCCCAGAUCCCAAUGCAAAUCGGGAUCCUAUAUGGGGAGAUAGCACUCAAGACAUUGAAAUGGAUGGCGUUGAACCAGCUGUUGGUCCUACAGAAGAUGGUGGCAUUCGACCAGAGAGGUAUGUGCAUACUUUUCAGUGGCUGAAGUGUAAUGUAACUCAUGCCGAUUACAAGGUUGCAACUGUGGCGCACCAGAGUGGCAAGACUUUGGUCAACGACUCUGGAAGGAGAAGAUCAGUGGUCGAAAGAGAGGUUGACAGAAUUAGUGAACGAGGGCCUCCCGCUCAAUGAGUUGUUUGGCUCAGCUGAGGCCGAUGCAGCAUUGCAGGCCAUGGACAAGGCUGAUCAAGUAAUGUUGGAAGGCGGACUCGUGUAUAAAGUAUGAUCAGCCACACCUUCGACCAUGUAUCUCUUGUUUAUCUUCGUUGUCAUGCUUUGGUUAUCUGCAUACUCGUGUCUCUGUAGAAUCAUACACAUAUGAUUUCACAGUGCGAUCAGAAUGCGGCGAGAUACAACCCAGUCUCAGCAUACAUAUGUUUUACCGUUCAGAAUCAACUCUUGCUUGAAUGACUUGUCCGACGUCCUCCCUGCUCAACUCUGAAAAGCCUACAAGCUCCGAUAAGACCUUCUCCCACUCUUCGUCUCCAAGUGUACCAAACGUCGAAUCGACGAGCUUCCUCCACGUCUCACCAUCCGCACCAACAAUCCUUCCAGCUUCUAACAAUCCUCUCCAAGAUGCCUCAGUUCGGCCUGCUACCGUCUUAGCCAAUGCCAGUCGGGACGUCUCUGCCCAUAGUUCACAUUCGGCCAUGAUGACUUUACCUUGUUGCGGGGUGAUGCGAGAACGACCGCGAUAGAGAAUCUGGCGAUGGAGUAUAUGGGUGGCUAGGCGAGACGCGACCGUUCGAUACAGCGAGAUGACGGUGGUUUGUGGAAGUGCGGAUUGAAGGAAGGUUAGAUGCGCCGAGAGAAGCGCGACAGGACCCAGAAGAGUGCUUGAUAACGCGAGAUCAUCACUGACAACCGAGCCGGAGCUUGGCACAGGCGUGAAUUGU